AUGGUAGCUCAGGGUUUGCUGUUUUUCAUAGCCGGUUAUGACACCACCAGCGCUGCCCUAACCCACGCAAUACACUACUUGUCUAAACACCCGGACUGUCAGCAAAUACUAUACGAAGAGUUGCGAAGUUGUGAUGAGUUUACGUACGAAAAGUUAUCGCAAUUGAAAUACUUNUAUACGAAGAUUAUCAAUGAAACACUACGUCUCGCGCCUUCACUAACACGUAUACAACGGGAAUGCGUUCAGGACUACAAACUCGGGAAUACCGGCUAUACAAUACCCGCGGGCGCAUCGGUCGAAAUCUUUCCGUACGCUAUACACCGGGAUUCAGACUUUUGGCCCAACCCUAACGAUUUCAUACCCGACCGUUUCCUGGAGCCCACACACCAUCCCUGCGCUUACAUACCAUUUGGUGGCGGACCCCGAGUGUGCAUUGGACAGAGAUACCUGAGACGUCGGUUCACCUACUGGUCGCGGAAAGGUGUACCAGGGCCAAAUUUCAUCGAGUACGAAGCAUUCACCGGUGUUCACCACGAGUAUACCCUGAAAGCGGUCAAAAAGUGGGGCCGAGUGUACGGCACGUGCACCGGCUUUCAGCGUAGUAUAGCGAUCAACGAGCCCGACCUGCUCCGGGACAUCAUGGUUAAAGAUUUUAAUAUUAUGCCCGACCACAAGCACUUUCAUGUGGGCAGCUCUAAGAUAGGCCAGAGCCUAUUUUUUAUGCCCGGCGACGAUGACUGGAAACGUGUGCGCUCUAUACUGACCCCCGUGUUUACGUCGGGCAAACUCCGGGCAAUGUUGGGCCAUAUCGGCGGCAUUGCCGACAAAUUUGUUGAUAGUUUGACUGAUUUAUCAAAAAAGGGAAAACCAGUAGAUAUGCGCAAUUACGUGGGCGCGUUUACCAUGGAUGUGAUCUGUGCCUGUGGUUAUGGCAUACAAGCGGACACUAUUAACAAUCCGGAUCAUCCUAUCGUAACCAAUGCUAAGCGUGUGCUGGGAUUUAACGGCGGAUUGUCAAUAGUGUUGUCGGCGCUGACACCCGGGUUGGCCCGACUGUUACGGCUCGAGCCGUUUGACAUAAAAGCGGUCGAAUAUUUCGAUGGACUCACAAAACAAAUACUUAAUGAACGCAAAGUUAACAACAAAUCCACGACAAACGAUAAAUCCAAACGGCGCACAGAUUUCAUACAAUUAAUACUAGAUUCGGAAAAGUCGGACAAAGAGUUGGGCUAUCAUUCCGGUAGUGAAGGGGAAGCGGAUAACGAGUUGACUACUGGUGGACAACAGUUGGCUAAAAAAUCUGUGGGAACCCUAACACAGGACGAGACCAUAGCACAGGGUUUAAUAUUUUUUCUCGCCGGCUAUGACACUACCAGUGCCUCCAUAACAAACGCCCUGCACUUCCUGUCUAAACACCCGGACUGUCAGCAAAGACUAUACGAAGAGUUGCGAAGUUGUGAUGAGUUUACGUACGAAAAGUUAUCGCAAUUGAAAUACUUGAACGCAGUUAUCAAUGAAACACUACGUCUCGCGCCUUCACUAACACGUAUACAACGGGAAUGUCUAUCGGAUUAUAAACUCGGAAAUACCGGCAUUACAAUACCCGCGGGAACAUCGGUCGAGAUCUAUCCAUACGCUAUACACCGGGACCCAGACUUGUGGCCCAACCCUAACGACUUCAUACCCGACCGUUUCCUGGAGCCCACACACCAUCCCUACGCUUACAUACCCUUUGGUGGCGGACCCCGAUGUUUACAAGUGGUGCUCAUGUGUGAUUUAGUCCACUUUAAAUACGGUAAAGUGUACGGAUCAUAUUCGCUGACUGGCACCCGCAUAAAUGUCAGCGAGCCCGAUCUGCUCCGGGACAUUAUGGUAAAAGACUUUCACGUAUUUGCCUCACGUAAACAUAUGCACCUUGGUACAUCCAAAUUGGAUAUGAGUCUGUUUUUCAUGCCCGGCGACGAUGGCUGGAAACGACAACGAUCUAUACUAUCGCCGGUGUUUACAUCGGGUAAACUCCGGGCAAUGAUGGCACACAUCGGCGGUAUUUCCGACGGUUUAGUCAAGAAUUUUGCAUGCGCUUAUGGCAUAGAUGUCGAGUCCAUUGAUAACCCCAACCAUCCGGUGGUCACAAACGCCGCAAAAAUAUUGAACGCCGACGCGGCCAAACGGCGCACAGAUUUCAUACAAUUAAUGAUAGACUCAGAAAAGUCGGACAAAGAGUUGGGCUAUCAUUCCGGUAGUGAACCGGACGACGAGUCAACCGAUGGACAGUUAAAUAAAGUUGUGGGCACUCUAUCACCGGACGAGAUGGCAGGUCAGGGUAUAUUGUACGGUGAAACAGUGGAUAUACGCAAAUACGUGGGCGCGUUUGCAAUGGAUGUGAUCAGUGCCUGCGCUUAUGGCAUAGAUGUCGAGUCCAUUGAUAACCCCAACCAUCCGGUGGUCACAAACGCCGCAAAGAUAUUGAACGCCGACGCGGAACCGUUUAAUAUCGGGGCUGCCCGAUAUUUUGACCAAUUAACCAAGCAGAUACUAAACGAGAGAAAAGUCAACAAUAAAUAUGCCAACACUGAUAAAACAAAUACUAUACGAACACCGGACGAGAUGGCAGGUCAGGGUAUAUUGUUUUUUAUCGCCGGUUACGACACAACCAGCGCCGCCAUAACCCACGCCCUGUACUACUUGUCUAAACACCCGGACUGUCAGCAAAUACUAUACGAAGAGUUGCGAACUUGCGAUGAGUUUACGUACGAAAAGUUAUCGCAAUUGAAAUACUUGAACGCAGUUAUCAAUGAAACACUACGUCUCGCGCCCUCUCUUACCCGCAUUAAUCGUGAGUGCCUUCAGGACUAUAAACUCGGAAAUACAGGCAUAACAAUACAAAAGGGAGUUGUGGUUGAAAUAAUACCAUACGCUUUGCAUAGACAGGCGGACCUGUGGCCCAACCCUAACGACUUCAUACCCGACCGUUUCCUAAACCCCGUCCACCAUCCGUACGCUUACAUACCCUUUGGUGGCGGACCCCGACUUUGUAUUGGCAAGAGGUUUGCCCAGCAAGAGAUGCGAAUGUGUUUGGCCAAGCUCAUACAUAAGUUUGAAUUUACCCUGGCACAACCGCCAAAAAUCAAUUAUUUCAUUGGAUCCAUACUUAUGUCACCCAAAGAUCUGCUCGUUAAGCUUAAAGCUAGGGAUUAG